UUUCAUUUCAAUACUAGAGUCAUUUCAGGUCAAUGUCGAAUGUAAACCACCGCAAGAUGUUAAGCGUUUUUGAUCCACAUCUUAAUUUUGUUUCUCCCAUUUCCUGAGAAACUUAACGCCCCUCCCACUGAGUUCCUGAUGGUCUCAAGGGGAGUGGCCAAACAAAGGACAGAGAGGACUCUACAAUGGGAGACACCUUCCAUGACCAACUACUGGAGGACAGCCGGUUCCUCAAAUCCGACAGAAGGCUGGACACAGAACUGGUGGACAAACUCAUCCUUCAGCUCAACAGGAUCUACCCGCAGAUUCUCUCAGACAAGGAGGCCACCAAAUUCAGGGAUCUUGACGUUCCCACCUGCGUCCGUCUGUCAGAACUGCUCUACCACCUGCAGGGGAGAGGAGAGGAGGCCUGCCGGGAGUUCUACAGGGCGCUUCACCUGCACGUGGAGGAGGUGUACUACAGCCUGCCCACGCGCCUCCGCCUCAGAGAUGACCCCUUCAGUGUUCCACUGGUAAAGUCCAAUCAGAGAUAUGCGUUAAAUGACAAAGGUCCUCUGUUCUUCCUGGGUUGUUUCAGCGUUGCCGUGGGAAUGGCCAUGUUGUAUUACUACGGAGAGUCCAGAGUGACUGGGGGCAGUCGGGCCCUGGGCUUGGUGGCUCUGGGGCUGGGAAGAACGGCCAGAGAGGUGCUCAUAUGGUACUCCGAAGACAACAUUAGCAUGUAAUGGUGCUGUGUGGCCGACAUCCCUCUUCCACUCUUCCACCUCAAGGCAGAAGCAUGGGAUUGGUGUAAGUGAGGCACAUCACAAUGGUCUGUGUCCAAUCCUGUAUGCUUUGAAUCACUUCUGGGUCCAGGACACAGGGAUGAGGGUGGGCAGUUGGGAUGAAAUUACUACAGGGGCGUUUCAGGAUGACACUACACCACACUGUUUCAGGGGCAGAUCACUUCUCUGUAUAUACUGUAUGUACCCCGGUCACUGGUACCAGAAACCCUUCUUAUGUAUUUCUGGUCAUAUCUGGUACGAGGAUUUUCUCUCCUGUUUAACAGGUCUCUUUUCUGGUGAAAGGAACUUUUACACCAAACCCUUUGAAAUUGCAAGAUAAAUUAUCUCUGUCUUGUUUUACAGACACGAUACUUUGUCAACAAGGCACCUUUUAUAAAGAUCGUCCAGUUUUAUUUCACACAUGGUUGAACUAAACAUUUCUUAACAAAAAGGGGUGGGUAUUUAUAUGGUAUUGUGAUGUUUACAAGCUCAGUGUCAUGGAACAGUAAAAGGGAACUAAAACUAAGAAUGCAUUGAGGUAAUUUUGAAAAGGAUGCAAUAACGUGGGACUUUAACACAAUGCCAGGGUCAGGAUGGAGUGGAUGCAUUCCACAGUAACUUUCACACACCAACAGAUUCUAGACCAGGACUGCCCCACACUGUUUCUCUACACAGCAGUUGUCCUGCAGGUUGUGUAAAACCCUUAAUCCAGCACACCUGAUUAUUGUAAUAAUCUGGUUGAUACGCUGAAUCAUGUUUGUUACAAGUUAGGUUGGAGAGAGUAAACCUACAGGACGGUCAGUCCAGUAACAGAGAUGGACAGCCCUGUUCAGAUUAUAACCGUGUGACAAAACUAGAAACGUAGAGGAAGAUGACCGUCUGAAAGCCUGUUUGGGUGUGACGGUGAAGCCAUGACAGUGUUGCUGUGUGUCACCUUGCUUAGCUCAGCAGCAGACCAUUACAACCCUUUCUGGAAACUUCUGUUUCAAACGACGUUGUUAGUGGUCACACUCUUUUUGGUACUUCCACAUUUGAAGCCCCCCGAUUUGUUGAAUCCAUGCCCAGUAAGAUUGUGAUUGGAUAGAAUCUGGUUUUACAUUUGAAGGAGCUUCAUUACAAUACCAUAUUGUCGUAACUCUUUUGGUGCUUUUACUUAGGGAAUUAUAACUUAAAAAAAAAAUUAAGAUUGUAUUUGUUCAGAAUUGGUGCAGAACGUCAUAAUUUUGGAUGCACUUCAAAAGCUUUUAAACUUGUUAUUUUGUAUCCCUUUAUGAUUUGACCUCUCGCUCACUUGUUGCCUCAAGUUCAAGUAUUUUAUUUGUCACAUACAACAAAUGUAUUGAAAUGUGAAAGGGUCUAUGCUCCACCUUGUGCAAAAAUAAAAUUUUAAUAAAUUUAAUUACAUUUAUUUCAAAAAGGUGCUGAAUUUAAAAUGUUUAGAUCAAGUGUCUCACUGCCUGUGGGUAAAAACUUUCAAAAAAGCCUUUGUGAGUUAAUUAGCCUUAUUAUUUAGGGGGAAGUACUUGCUACAUAAGUACUCUACUUACAUUUGUAAUGGGAGGUGUAUGUUCCUAUGAUUGUAUAGUUUUAUAGGAGGGAAUUGCAGGUUCACUUCUCACAGUGUUUCUAUGUACCUAACCUGAUAUGUUCACUGUGUAGAGUGAACUGAGGGAGAGUUCUUCAAGGUUACAGUCGUUCCUGUUCUGUAGAAUGUCUACUAGUACCACCAUAGAAUCACAAAGUGCCAUAACAAUGUAUAUGACUAUGAACUGUACUCCUGUGCAUGGACAAAUAAAUGUAACUGAGACAA